AUGUCUCGCCACGAUCCGCCAGGAUGGCGUGGUGACCGGGGUGGCGGCGACUCUUACCGCCCAGGGCAGAAUCAGUCCUCCCAGAACAGGUGGCGGCCAGGUGACAGCCGUCCGCACCGUAACGAGGGCUACGACUCCUACCGUGGCUCGGACCGUUCUGGCCGCGACUCCAACCGCGCGCCACCUCACACCGACAUGUACCGACCCCAGGUUCCGCAAGGCGACUUCACCUUCCGAGCACCACAGCCGUCGGGCUCUGAGCCUAUUCGCUUUACGGCCAUCAACGAACCUCGCGAGAACGGACCGCGCGAGAGAAGAUCCGGUGGCAGACGUGGAGACCGCCGUGGGGGACCGCCACGCAGACCUGGCCGUACGCCGUGGAGGCCACCGCACCCUGCAGAGCGCGCACUGGUGUCCGGCACCGCCAUCGAGGGCCCUGGCGAGCGCGUUAAUGACCCGGACGCCGCGGCCAAGUUCCGCAACCUGGACGAGCUAUCAGAUGACGACGAAGUUGCUAUGGACAUUUCAGAUCAAGAGCCCGAGUCUGAAGACGAGAACCCGAAGAAGCGAAUCCGGACGGACAAAGCUAGCGAAUCGGACAACGCCACCCCCAAGUGGUCCAAUCCUGACCCCUACACUGCAUUACCUUGCCCAGACGAAACCACGCGCAAGAAGAGGGACAUGGUAAAGCUCAUCCGCAAGGCCCGUGUGGAGGAGACCAAGCCCAACACCGAAUCGCCACCCGAAGCUGAGGACUUUAUCGCCAUCGGCAUGAGCAGCGACGAAGGCGAUAACGAGGGCGAUGAUGAACACGCCGCGCCAGCUAUUGACCUCCAGUUGCCCAGACGGCCGCCCACGGGUCCUCGUGCCGACCGCUUGGAGGUCACCUCGGCAAGAGCGACCAGUGGCGGGGCAACACUGCAGAACGGCAACCCUGCCCAGUUCACCACCGCCUCCAGCGUUAUGCCGGAUCGCUCUGGACCCCUUGGCUCUCGCAAGCGCACGGCUGACGACGUGAUCAAACCGCCCGACUACGGCCAGCUCAAAAAGGGUAACAUGCGCCCUUCCAAAGGAAUGCUGGUGCCAAACUGGCAGCCCAAGAAGAAUGAGGAGCCAUGCCCGUGGGCUGUGAUGGAUUAUUCUGGCGAGAAGAAUAUUGGCAUCCAGUUGCACAAGGAGAUCAUCGACUUCUACGAAUACGUUCGUCCUCGCGACUUCGAGCAGCGCAUCCGCACUCGGCUCGUUGAGAACCUCCAGCGGGCCAUGAGGCGCGAUGCCCGUAACUUUGCGUCCGCCGAGGUGCGUCCGUUUGGAUCCUUCAUGUCCGGCCUUUACCUCCCAACGGCGGACAUGGACCUCGUUGUCUGUUCCGCAAGCUUCAUGAGGGGUGGUCCGCCCACGUACCUCAGUGCCAAGAGCUGGCUGUAUAAGUUCCAGAAGUUUCUUGUUUCUCAAGACGUGGCCGACGGAGAUUCCAUUGAGGUCAUUGCUCACGCGCGCAUUCCGCUGGUCAAGUUCGUGGACAAGGCCACGGGCCUCAAAGUGGACGUGUCGUUUGAGAACCUGGGCGGCGUGCGAGCUGUCGACACCUUCCUCAAGUGGAAGGCAGAUUAUCCUGCAAUGCCGAUUCUCGUUACGGUUGUGAAGCAUUUCUUGCUCAUGCGUGGCCUCAAUGAGCCCGUCAACGGCGGCAUCGGCGGCUUCUCGGUUAUAUGCCUGGUCGUGAGCAUGCUGCAGAUGAACCCAGAGGUGCAGAGUCGCACCAUCAAGCCGGAGCAUCACCUUGGCGACUUUCUGUUGGACUUUCUGGACCUCUACGGCCGCCACUUUGAGCAUGAGGCGAACGCCAUCUCCCUUACGAGUCCGGUUGGAUACGUCAGCAAGAACAAAGUCAAAACGCUGACCUACCGAAACCGUGACCGCCUCUCCAUCAUCGAUCCAAACAAUCCCUCAAAUGACAUCUCGGGUGGCUCAUCCAACACGCCAGCGAUUCUGGCGCGUUUUCAUGAUGCCUACUUGACCCUUACGAAUCGUAUGGACGAGUUGCGACGCCACCCAGAGUCGACCAAGGGCGGCAUCCUUGACGUCAUUCUCAGAGGAGACUACUCUUCGUUUCGAAUGCAGCGAGCAUACCUCAAGCUCGUUCACGAGAAGACCAUCGGACCUUGUCCCGACUCGGACUGA